AUGUCUGAGCUACUAUCUCCUCCUUCGAACGGUGCUGGGUUACGGCUGACCCAAAGUCAGAAAGAUUUGGUAGGAGGUUCAGUUGGUGGUAUGGCUCAAGUGCUUGUCGGUCAGCCUUUCGAUAUUGUAAAAGUCAGAAUACAGACAGCUCCUCCUGGAACAUAUGCUUCUCCACUUGAUUGUGCAACGAGAUUGCUCAAAGCAGAUGGACCAUUAGGGUUUUACAAGGGUACUCUGACUCCUUUAUUGGGUAUAGGUGCAUGUGUUUCAAUCCAAUUCGGAGCUUUGGAAGGUGCGAAGAGAUUCUUUGCAGGUCGGGCUAAAGGCAGAGAGUUGAAUCUUGGCGAACUGUGGAUGAGUGGAGCUUUUGCAGGAGUAACAAAUACUGUAAUUGCCAGUCCAGUUGAACAUAUUCGUAUCAGAUUACAGACUCAACCUGCUGUAACACCUCGUCUAUAUUCUGGACCACUUGAUUGUGCUGUGAAACUGUAUAAGCAAGGAGGCGGAUUGAAAGGUCUCUUCAAGGGACAAGUACCUACCAUGUGGAGAGAUGGUGUUGGUUAUGGGUGUUAUUUCAUGGCGUAUGAAGCUCUUGUUCAAAGACAUCUUCGAACGACAGGCUUGAGUCGAGAUCAAGUAUCACCAGUAUGGGCAGUCACUUAUGGUGCUGCAGCGGGAUAUGCAUUAUGGUUUUCGAUAUAUCCAGUCGAUGUGAUCAAGUCAAAAUUACAGACUGAUUCUUUAGAUCCCACUAAAAGGGUUUAUAAAGGAAUGAUAGAUUGUACAAAACAAACUUGGAAAGCACAAGGUAUUAAAGGUUUCUUAGGUGGUUUAGCCCCCACUCUUAUUCGAUCACCUUUCGCAAAUGGUGCUACUUUUGUAGCUUUCGAGUUAGCUAUGCGAGCUAUGAAUUAG